AAAUGGCUCUCUAAUCCAUGGAUUGUGGAAUCUUGCUUCUCUUUUUUCCAAUCUUUGCUUGUUUGUGUUGAUGCCCUUUGCCUUCUUUUUUUUGGAAUCAGAGGGAUUUGCUGGCUUAAAAAAGGACAAACAACAGUCUGUGAGGUGCCACUCUGGCUCAUCUUCUCCUUGACGCUCAAAAUUAGAUGCAUUUCAUGAGUUCCAAGAAGAAUCCAUUCUCGAGACACUUGGUAGUUGAAGACCAUGCCUGCUUCUUCAGAGAAUCAAUAGUAGAGAGGAAAACUGUUGCCUCUGUCUUGUGAAGACAGAAAUCUUGGGUCUGUUCAUUCCUUCUAUCCGUGAGGUUUUAAGAGGGGCUCAGAAGGUCCUCUCUGUCUUCAAGAAACCCUGCUUUGCAUUCCUAGACUACUUGGGAAUCCAAGCACGCAUUUUGGAAACAGUUGUUAUGCUUAUUCUUCUUGCACUGCUUAUCCUUGGAAUAGUUUGGGUAGCUUCAGCUCUCAUUGACAAUGAUGCUGCCAGUAUGGAAUCUUUGUAUGAUCUUUGGGAAUUCUACCUCCCUUAUUUAUAUUCCUGUAUAUCACUGAUGGGCUGUUUAUUACUUCUCUUAUGCACACCAGUGGGGCUUUCACGGAUGUUUACAGUGAUGGGCCAGUUGCUGGUGAAGCCAACAAUCCUUGAAGACCUGGAUGAAGAGAUAUAUAUCAUCACCUUAGAGGAAGAAGCAAUUCAGAGGAGACUAAAUGGUUUAUCUUCUGCUGUGGAGUACAGUACAACAGAGCUGGAAUGGGAACUUGAAAAUGUGAAGAGCACAAAAACAAAGCUAGAGCGACGGAAAAAAGCUUCUGCAUGGGAGAGGAAUUUAGUGUAUCCAGCUGUUAUGAUACUGCUACUCUUUGUAACGUCCUUAUCAGUCCUCUUGGUUGCUUGCAACAUUCUUCGCCUGUUGGUCGAUGAGACUGCAAUGCCAAAGGGAUCAGGGGGGCCUGGGAUAGGAAAUGCUUCUUUAUCCACUUUUGGUUUUGUGGGAGCAGCACUUGAAAUCAUUUUGAUUUUCUAUCUUAUGGUGUCCUCUGUCGUCGGCUUCUACAGUCUUCGCUUUUUUGAAAAUUUCACUCCCAGGAAGGAUGACACGACUAUGACAAAGAUCAUUGGAAACUGUGUCUCAAUAUUAGUGCUCAGCUCUGCUUUGCCAGUGAUGUCAAGAACCCUGGGAAUUACCAGAUUUGAUCUGCUUGGAGAUUUUGGAAGAUUCAACUGGCUGGGAAAUUUCUACAUUGUGUUAUCUUAUAAUCUGCUCUUUGCUAUAAUGACGACCCUCUGUCUGGUCAGAAAGUUCACCUCUGCUGUGCGAGAAGAGCUUUUAAAGGCAUUAGGCUUAGAUAAACUUCACCUGUCAAACAAUGUAAGAGACUCAGAAACAAAGCCUGCUGCAAACGGGCAUCAGAAAACACUGUGAGGAACGAUCAUCUUCAAUCACUAGAGCUGAAAACUUCAACCUCAUGACAUUCCUGUCAUCUCAUCAACAUAUUUUUGUAUAGAUUUUACUUGUUGCUAAUUUGGAUCCAAGCUUGUCUCCCUCUGGACACUGCUUCUGAGAGAACCUCGCUACUGCUGGUUCUGCAUGGGAUUGUUUUUGGUUCAUUUUGUUUACACCCCAAGCAGUUUAUGCAGGAGGUGCCUUGAAGACUGAAAACUGAAGAGGAUGAAAAGUUCCUGUUUUUGGAUGUAGUUUCAUGUUUCUAGAUGUGAUGUUCCACUACCGUGUGAAAAGCACAGUUCCUUGUGUACGCUAUAAAUACAGUGAUAAAAAAUAACUUGAGUCUUCAUAAUAAGGGAUGCAUUUGAAACCCAGUAUAACCCUACCUGGAAUAUUAUUUACAGUAGAUAUGCUUUUCUGCUAAGAAUAUGGUAAGAGAAAGUGAAGUAAUUUCCAGAGAUGACUGUUGCUUUCAUAUGGGAUCACUAAGUUGUUUAUAGUCUGACAUUGCGAAGCAUUCUUCAGGGGCCAGCAAUUUUAAGCUUCCUGUUCUUAGCUAUAUGUGACCGAAGACUACUUUAUUUAGUGACCAUUCGACAAUAUCUCAUCAAAUUUAGCAAACCACAAGAUAAAUGUUCACUUCAGUGUUAAAUCUGAGCUAAGAGUGCUUUGUAGAAAGCUACACAGUUAUCUUACUGGUAUAGUUCUUAAUCCUACAAAUUAAGAAAAGUGUUGUGCCAUAGUGGUCAGUCGCCAUAUAGAACAACACAGAAUUUUACACGCACAGAAUUGCUUAUGUAUUCCUUUUAUUUGGAAUCUGCACAAGUAGCAGUUAGUGGUUGCUUAGUAGGCUACAAUUACACAUAGUUGUAGCCUAAAUGUUUUACUUGAAGUAAAUUUAUUUAUCUGAAUUGCAUCCUGAUAGCUGUACUGUUACGCAGAGGUACAAUCCAAUAUUUCUCAACAAUCUCUACGGUCUUUAGUUUCUCUUAGUAUAUGUGUGUGCAUAUAUGCACAUAUAUGUAUGUAUAGAAAAUUAAAUGCUUUAUCCUGCAGAAAAAACACAGGAAACUUGGUAAAUAAACCCUAUUUAUUCAGUCUUCUUAGUAUGAGAAUGCCAAAGGAAAUGAAUAUGAAGUCCUCCAAGCAGUGCGUGACAAACCAUAGGUUGCUAUUAUAUACUUUUGGCUAUAAACUAUACACUAUUUUUUGUUGGUGUAAAACUGAACUAUGUCCACUGAGGUCUCUGGCCUUGCACUUAAUUGAGCUGUGUCACCUAGUUUAUAUCCGGUCUGAUUCUGAAGCAAAGUAGUCUUUUCUUAGGUUGGGUGUUUCUUAUCUGCUGUCUUUGUGAGACGGUUCUGGGUUCUGGAUUUCUGCUUAAUGUAUUCCAGAAACCCCCUAUGACAUGCAUUACAUCAUAAGACAAACUCCAAAGAAUAUCACUUUCAUGAAUCUGCCUUUUCUGAAUUGAAAUGAGUCAUAAUGUAAAUACUACUCAAGUCGAGUCCUAGCUGUCAUAUCUCCUUUUCCUUUUUGUGAGUGUUAGUGUAAUCAAAACUAAAUUCCAGGCAUACCUAUUCCUAGGAUGGUUAUUGAUACAUUGUAUAAAAGUCUAAAGGACAGUAAAAUUGCUUGACUUUUUAAAGAUUUAGAGGUAUCUUACUAUUGCUCAGAAUUAACAGUGAGUUUUUUGGACUUCUUUCCCCACUAAGAGAAAAUCCUGGUCAUAAACGGGUAUCUACAGUUAAUUCCCUUAAAAAUGAAUAUAGGUUUACAAGAAGAUUUAUCAUUAAAGGCAUCAUUGAUUUCUGCUGCCUGUUCAGAGCAGGUGGACUUAGACGCUAGAACUGUAGUGAAGGAUAAUAGGUGCAUCUAGUUUUUUGCUUUUACAAGUUGAUAGUACUGCCAUGGUCUUACAAGUGUCUCCAGUGUCACUUGCAAACUGGUAGAUAAUGAAGUGUAGCUAGCUUUUUAUAAUGCGCAUUCCAGGUUCCUAUUAUAUUGUGAUUUAAGAUAGUUGCCAAAGCUUAAGUUAAAAUUUUUGAUUGAAUCCACUUCAUGAAAUUCUGUCUAAAGAUGAAGUAAAAAGUUCUGUCUAAAUUUUAGAGUGAUGUCCGCAUUCACAUAGAAACUAAUCAGACUUUUUUUGAGAAGUGUUUCCUUUAUCAUAAGCUAUCCAAGAACAUUAGAAAAGAUGGAUCACAAUCCAUGCACUGUGAUAAUUAAAUGCAUUGGGUAUAGGCACUUCCCAGGGAUAAGUACACAUGCAAGUGCCAGUUUUCUGGCAAGACUUUCUCCCUCAUCUUAGAUUUCCUCUGCCUUCCAAAACAGAAGCUGAAUUAUAUGUUGGUUGCACCUUUAAUGGGUUCUGCUAUGUGUGUUAAAGAAAUGUAUUGGAUCAGAUAGAUUACCAAAAUGUAGACAGUAUUGUAAAAGAUUUUUACAGAAGAUCAGUCUUCAAAGAAAAUUGACAUUGUCUUGUAUAGCUGCUGACAGUGUUGGCUCUAUCUAUAUUGUGACACUGUCUACAUUUAAAUGUCUGUUUAGCCCUGCAACUAGCAUUCUGUAUGCAAACCUUCUGACAUACAGUACUCCUUUCAACUGUAAAUGUGAAACCUAGGUCAUGUAUAUUUUAUGCACAUACAGUCACCUAAGUAGAAGCAGUUGGUAAUUCAUGAAUGGAUAUUGGCAAUGCAUUCCUAAUAUUUUUUGACUCGUGUAGAGUCUGAUAGUCUAUACCUUUAUAUAGCUAAUCUUGGUGACAUCAACAUCUGCCUCACUUAUGAGGUAAAAGCAAAGAGAUGCUUCCAUCUUAAACUAGAUAUCAGAAAUUUGACCAAAAAUGUACGUGAUGAUGUCUUAAAUGAGCCACCUCUUGGCUUUCUCCUGUGUUGGCAACACAGUAUUUAAUGCAAUGGCAGAAUUGUAAUAUGGUGGGAUUUUUCAGUGUAAGCACAUCUUUGGUACUUAACACUUUAAGCUAUACGUUAACUUGUUGUGAUAUGUUACUGUACAAGUAACAGUUUUUGGAUAUGUAGAAAACGUCAUUUACCAAUUUGUAAUGUGGUGUUUAUUUUUGGUCCUUUUUCCCCCAAAUCUUUUACACAGUUGGCUGUUUUACAGUGUCAUAAGAAUUAAAGAGUUUAACAAAGAAUUAUUUCAUGCUUUGGUCCAGAAGGUUGGUAUUAAGUUUUAAAUCAUUUAGCAACUGGGGUAUUAGUCAUUCAAGCAUAUUGAAGCAGCUGGUAGUCGAAGCUAUUUAGAGUGUCUAAAGUGUGCCCAGCACUGUACAAAACACUUGCAGUAGUCCUGAGAAACCUAGAGUCUAAAUCAAAUGGGGAAAUGACACUCUGAAUUUACUGAAAGUACAUCACAAUACACAUGGGAAAUGGCUAAAGGUCAAACCUUCAUGGUGAAUUUUAUAUUACAUUAGUGAUUGUCCAGAUGAGUCCCUGCCACUGGUCAUAUCAGUUAUCAAUUAUUAGGUUGAUGUCUUCCACAUGGCAUUUUGGAGAACCUAGAAUAUAUAAUGUUAGUCAGCUGCUUAAAAACCCCCCAACAAAACAACCCUUAUAGCCCCAGGAAUUUAAGGCCACUAGUUCUUCAUUUGUACUUGAGUUUUCUUGAAUGUUAUAAAUAUAAAUGGAUAUCUUCUAGCCCAAAUUGGCAAGAAGAUUUUUCUUUGCAGAAGAAUAGUGAGGGGGUGGAUCUCUUAUGGGCCAUAAGGUCUUACUGUUAGUGUUUUAUAAAUAGCUUAUCUUAUUACACUGUACCAAGUACAAGGUUAUCAGUGAAUCUUUUCUUGUAAUGUUUCCAUGCACAAUUGAAAAUAUCUGCUUUUAAAUAUACAGUAAUUUUAUCUGUAUCAUGUCCUAUCGUCCAAAGAUUUUGGAAAUGUAACAUAGUCAUUCCUGGAUUUUUUUUAAAAGAAAGAAUGAUGUCUUACAGCCAUCAGAGUUAAUGUUACAGAGGACUUUUUGGCAAGUAAGCCAGCAUUCACAGAGACACAAAUUAAUUCAUCCAUUUAAGAUUGCAGAUGCAUUGAUGACGUGCUACAGGAGGAAAUUCUGUUUUAGCAGUUGAUGUUAUGUGUGGCUCAUGAAUAUUGAAUUUACUAAAUUACUUUUGCAGUUACAUGAAUAGUAACUGAAUUCAUUUUUCAGGAAGUGUUUUCAAGUCCUGCUUUAAAGCACCACAUUUAAUAAGGAGGCUUGACUCAACAGCUGACAUCCCAUGGUGUCCUCAUGCUGGCUACACAGCAAGUCAAGGUAUCACCAGGUUAGGUCUGUCUUCAAGAAAUGUGAAUCCUUACUUUUUCCAUCCCUGCUUCCUCAGCUACCUUUUUAAGUAUGUUUCUAGCUACCAUAGGAAGCUGUGGAACUCUGUUUGUCCAUGUUGUGUCAGGGUUGCCAACUAUCCAUAAAUCUACAGACCAUCUGUUUUAAAAAUCAACACACACAACAAAACAAAACCAAAAAAACCCCCCACCAGUAAAAAAAAAAAAAAA